CGAGACGUGAAACCCCGCAGUUCGUCGGUUGCUGUCGGGCGUCCUAAACCUCGAGGAGCGCGGGUGGUGAGCGCGAGUUACGGCCUCCGACGCUGCCGCCGUGCAGGGUAUCCGAGACGCGCAUUCAUAUGUGAAUUUAUACAUCUAUACCACCGAAACGUACCGUGCAACAUUUUGGAAUUAGAACGCCGGCGUCGGGGAAACCCGCGCGGAGAUCGACCUGCACGUUCCCAUCACCGAGAGUAGAAUCAUCGGAAGAAUGAGAAGAUGAACGGCGAGGCGAGAUUCCCCGCACCGCAUCGUCCGGAAGAUCGUCCGCGUCGAAGCCGAUAGUUGUAAAAAUGUGUAACCGGAAUUUUUCAUGUCACUCGCAUCGUGGAUUGAGAACCUUUUUCUUGCGCUGACGAUAAGCCAGUUUCUUAUCCGAAAAUCGCCAUCGCGGAUACCGAAAGGAGAGACGUUACACGUUCGCCGGAAGUGUUGGACAAAGAAUUCGAAGAAAUUCGAUCGAUCGUCGCCGCGGAGGUCCCGUUGCAGUUGCACCGCUGGUCGAGAAUAUUCGAGGACUGACUAUACCCCAAUUUGUUGUUCAAGUUUCCGAGUCGAAUCGAUGGCAGAUGGGAAGAAACGGUUGAAAACUUGUUGUGUUGAAAUUUAGCCAAUUUUACGAUACGACCCGCUGGCCGCAAACGGAAUCGAUUGGAUUAACGACCUUGUGUGUGACACGAGUCGCGUGAGGAAUACCGCGACUAACACAUGCAGAAAUCAAUCGAUGACGUCGCAUCAAAGUCUAUCGCGAUGCGCGUGUAUUAUAUAAAUAUCCAAUCGACACCGCGCCGCACGAUAAGUUCUACAAUACUUGAACGUACGAUAAAUAUACAUAAGAUAUCACAUUUACGUUAAAUCGCAAACGUGUUUAAUCGCCUGUAUAUCAUUAUAUGCAAAUUCAUCGACGACUGAUCAAUUUCAACGAUCGUGCAACUAUUGGAAAUUUUCCCUCUUCAACAUUGAUGCGGCAAUAACUCCACUUUUCUUCGUCAGCUUCAACGUGAUCAAAAUUGUCCCUUAUAAUCACCUUGAAUCGAAUUCGACGUAAUUUAUCAUUGGACAUCGGAGAACGUAAGGAAUUCAACCUCCGCUACCACUUGAACGAACACCUGAUAAUAUUUGCUGGGGCGAUGCGUUAUUGAUUUUCGCAUACGACGCGAUAUGAUAAUUUUCGAAAGACUUGUACGCCAAAUGGAUUACGAUGCGACGAGUUAUCCGUACCGUCGAACGUCGAAAUUUAAAAAUCGUUAUUGCGACACACGCGGUCCGAUUCGUUCGUCAACGAGUAGAUCGUCGUUCGUGCGAAGGUAUUGCGGAUCUCUAAGCCGAAGAAGGGAAUCGCGAGUCGAUCCAGGCGAGCCCAAGAUGAGCUCGCGCAGCGUCCCCGGUGCUGGCGUCGCCAUCGUUGGUUGCGGAGUAUUGAUCAACGCCGGUAGCGAUGGUGGUGGUGGUGGUGAAGUCGUCGGAGGCAGCAGCAGCAAAAGCGGGGGCGUUCUAAGGGGGGUCGGCGCCAUGGCGGCAGUACGAGGUCGGACCUUGCCGGGGACGGGGCAACGAGAACGAGAACGAGAACGAGAACGAGAACGGAUAUCGGCGCAGGACGGAAGGACGUCGUCGGCGACGACGAUCGGAAAACAAUCGACGGCAUCGUCGGGGCUCUCUUCGACACGCAGCCGGGCGGUAGCCAGUGUCAAUAAUUUUGGUUUUACAUCCGCUAAGAGUUUGUCGCGAAGUUCGAAACACCCCGGAAGAAAAACGCUCGCGGAGAACCGCAAGGACCGAGACCAGGACAAGGAAAACGCCACCGAGCCUUCCUCUUAUACGCAAAGUGCGGACGAACGCCGGGUACAGAAUAAAUUUCCGCCCCCCAGAAAUACGCGAUCCGCAAAGAGGGUGCGCGAGAAAGAAGGGGAUGGAACAAAUGAAGAAUUGCCAAGGGGUGAUCAAAACUUACGUCCACCGAGAGUGACCGCCCUGAGGAUGUCUAAGAACGUUGGAGAAAGCAGAAUACCUUUACCGGGUACGAUCCGGGCGUCGUUUCUACCGAAACCGAGGAUCGCGGCCCAACAAAAAACUGGUAUACUCGACGGUAUACCGCAGAACGCAGGUCACGGUGGAGUGACGGCAAAAUCCGUUGCAGAAGAUCUGAACAUUGCCGAUAAAUGUCGCCAACCGAUCACCUCGACGCCCAGUGUUGACAGUAAAGGUCACAGGGAUUUUCCGUUUUCACCCGUGGAAUGCGUGACCUGCGAGGACGUCGGACAAAAAGUAUGCGUGGGAUCGGAAAAAAUCGGUAUCCUUCGUUACUACGGUGCGUUGGAAGGUGAGAUCGGAGCCUGGUGCGGUGUAGAGUUACCGGAACCGGAGGGCCUUAACGACGGUACCGUUCGUGGCUUGAGAUACUUCUCGUGUCCGGAGAAUCACGGUGUAAUGGCACCAGCGACAAAAGUACACCGAAUUGACUGCGGACCGCCGAAGCCACGCCAGAAUGUUUUCAAGGUGACCGCGCUCCAGGAUACUACGGACCUUCGAGUAAACGACAAAACGAACACGCCCGACACCACGUUCAUAACGGGUCACCGUCCAGGCGGAGACGGAGGACUUCAGAUGUUCGGAAUUUCCGAAAAAAUAUCAUCCGGUAAUCCAGCUGCGAAUAGCACUUUUUUGCCCGACUGGAACACCGCGCCAGACGCGACUUUCGACAAGGCAACGGAUUGGAAAUUCUGUUCGAAAGGUAUUCCGGGCACCUCCCCCGUCAACGUCGGUAAAUGUCCGGGCGAGACGAACGAAAAAAAAUUAACGAACGAAACGCGGAACCUGGAUGAAAAAAAGAAUGAGAGAAACUCGUCGUUGAAUGCCGACUCGGCGGCCGAUAGAUCUAAAACGCCAUCGCCGACGUCGAAAGGAAAAAAUAUUUCCGUUAGUCGGCUGGUGUCACCGACGAUAUUCGGCAAAUCUGCGCAAGCUACAAAUUUAACUUUCUCGAAAUCGCCGAACGCCAAAUCUAAAGGAAAUUUGAACGAACACGAGACGACAAAGAUCAUCGCGAAGAAAGUCGGAACCUCCCCUACUAAUGGCGAGGCCAAGAAGAACGCGACGAAAUUGACAGAGCCCGGGAAAGCAUCGACGACGAACGUUAAUCCAAAAGGGGGAACGGAUUCGAGUCCGCAUCGUAGAAAAUCAGAAAAAACUUCCUCGAAUCAGGCCGAAUCAAAAGUCAACGAUUUGACGGUUGAUCUGAUAAAAAAUCCCACCGGUAAUUCGACCGUCAUUAUUUCACCGGUUCAAAAACCAACCGGAGCCAUAUUUACGCUCAACGAAACGUUCAUGAACGAAAAAUCAUCGAACGCAAACGCUGCACAGAAUUUGGACCCAAUUUUUUACGGUGACAAGGCGCCAGUCGUUGAAAUCCCAUUUACCGAAAGGCGAGCUUACCUCUGCGGUUCGACCAUUUCACCUGGCAAAGAAAUCGUCGUUAAUUCUACCUUCGAUAAACCCGGGGCGGCGUUAAACCCUCGCUCGAACAGUGCGAAAUUGGAACGUGGAUUCCCGUCCGGAACGGCCGUGGAAGACACCUUUCUGCUCGAGGGAAGGGUCGGUCCUGGCCGCACCGAGUUUACCAAGGAAAAGAGGAACGACGAAACAUUCUCCCUGAUAGACUUCAAGAGUGACAUUGACGACGCGUUCGACGGGACGUUUGUAUUUUCAAAAGAUCAAAAAAAUCAACGAAUCGGCGAAAAAUCCUCGGACUCUACUUUCUCAAUGACGCGAAAUAUCGACAAUAAUCAUAAAAACGGCGGUGAUCCGUUGAGCGAUACUUUCCUAGUAAAAUCUGGCAACAGACGAUCGGUUAUCAUAAGCGGACGUCCCGCAACCAUUUUGGACGCGUCCCUCGAAUCGACGUUUACAAAGGAACCGGCGGUCGGCCUUCCCAACAUUUUUCACGAUUCCAAACUAAGCCAGAUACGUUCCGUCGAAGACAGUUGCCUCAUCGAUUCUACAGCUACGAAUAUCGGGGGUUCAGAUGACACGUGGAUGUUCGACGAUCCUAUGGAAACCACCGUGAGAUCGUCAAUGGGACAAUUCGAAGUCUGCGCUUUCCAGAACUCAAAAGACAACUUCAUAGACGACGUGGGCGACAGCUGCCUCAUCGAUACGACGUUACGCACCACCAUCGGACCCGAUCAAUCCAAUCUGGUAUUCGAAGACCUCAUGAACAACACUGCUAAGAUCGAAGGUCGACCGAACUCGAAGACGGCGAAACUCGGAGCCGCUAAUACCACCCUGUCAAUGGACGCGACAUCCGGACCGUACAGUCUCCUCGCUUUGAACGGCGCCGACGAAGAAGACGAAUUGACACCACCCGCGGCACCGCCACCUUCGAAAGCCACCCCGGCACCGCAUUACUUGAUGUUGAACAAGCAAAACUCAUUCGAACACGACGAAAGCCUUGGAAUUCUGACGCCCGAUCAAAUGGCGGAGUUCAGCAUGGCCUUGGAAUGCUCGAGGACACCAUCGUGCGAAAAUUUAACUGGUUCCGGGGGUUCGAGGAUCGCCAUGACCAGAGCGUCCGCUUCCAGGCCCUCGGAUUUACCCACCUCCGUCGACAACGAACGUACGGAAGGUUCCAGCGAGCGGACACCAUCCCCUGAAGAUCUUCCGCUGGAUCCGAAACCCGCGGAACCGACGCGAACAGUCCCGGUCAGCUUCAUUACAUCCGUUACCAGUAUCACAAGUUUGGAAGCCGGUUACCAAGGAGACGGAGAGAAUUCCAGACCGGCCAGCCGAGGAGCCGAUCCGGCGCCCGUCGCACCUCCGCCGAAUCUACCGGCGCCGAGAAACGACCCCAUGACUGACUCCGAUUUCUUUACCGAAAGCGACGCCGAUGCUCACGAGGAAAUUGUACGCGGAGAUCGAAGGGCGCAGGUUAUCGAUGGCACGCUGUUUUGCGCACCGGGAGGACGAAGGUGCCCAAGUUUCACGGGCGAGGAAAUGGACUCGAGCGGUAUCUACUCGGAUCUCGACAGACGACAGGACGAACCGACCCACGAAGAGGCGCAAAGCGAAGGACAGACACCCGAUACCGCCGACACGGAGUCUCAAAAAAGUCAACCGUCGCCGCAUCAGAUGGACGCUCAACAAAUUCAGCAGCAUUUACAACUUCAACAACAGCAGCCGGUGAUCAUGGACUGUCUCAUGGUACCACCAAGCGUCUUGGACAUAUCCGCGGUCUCCAAUGAUUCCGUCGGCACCCUAGAAGCCACUGUGAUCGAAGUCGAGUGUCAGGCGCCCCCUGCGAAGGUGUUGAAUAAAUCUGACCCGGUCCCCCUGAAAAAAUACAAGAUGCCGAAGCGUAACGUGGUAUCUAAAAUAAAAGCAAUGAUCGAGUCCGGGCCGAAAGAUGAAUCUGAAAAAGAGACGCGUCGCCCUCAGAGAACCCCGAGGAAAGGGGGCAGAUGGGAUGCGGUGAUGAGCAAGAUCGAAGCUGGCAAAACUGAACAGAGAUCACGACCCGUCAGAAAGGAAGUGAAAUCCAGGGUGCUGCAAAGCUUGGGACCACCCGCCACGACGAGUAAUCGACGAUCGCCCGGAGAUUCCGCAAAAAGCAAGAGGAGAACCAGAGGUCGUCAGGACGUCACGUCGCCUACGCAGGAGACCGCGCAAAGUUCGGUGCACAGUUCGAUGAGCGACAUCAGCAGUGCCCCCAGAUCCGCCAAAAAGAGGCUUGGCAGUCCCGGGGGCAGCGAGGGAUCGGCUCAAUCGACACCGAGGGUUUCGUCACCCCGUCAGCAGCAGCCACCCUCGUCAUUGACGAUUGUUAACAACGUUAUUCCCGGCGGUGGGAAUACGAAUAACAACAAUAGCGUCGUUGUCGGAAACGGAACGAACAACAUCAACAAUCACAACAACAAUCACAACAACAACGGCAACAACAUACAACAAAAUUCUGCCUGCAGACCGAUACCGUCGCAUUCCCAGAGGUCACCGACCGCAGGAACUCCUCCUCGCAGACCGGUGAACGGAAGAGCUAUCGUCCAACAAUCGCGAAUCAGUAAUUCCGAGGCGAAGAAAAAUUCUCUGGAUAUAUCCCGAGUCAAUCUGGAGAAGAGUCCCUCGGCGGCAAGAAAGCCCGCGGUACCACGGAGAUCGUCGUCGAACGUGGCGCCGAAGACCCUGCAGAACGUCUCACCGCCUAAGGAUCGCGGGGCCAAGGAAACUACCCCUGCAGUAAGGGGACCCGUGGAAACACGAGAACAAGCCCAUCAAACGGAUCCAACGCACGAGGAAAUUCACCUUAAACAAGCCGAGGUUUCAGUUCAGGCCUUAUCCGUCAUCGUGCAGUACCUCGCGCACCAGCUCGAUGGCUUCUCAGCACCGAGGCUAAAGAAAGACUGCGAGAGGAUGAAGACUGAGUGGCUUGAAACUCGGCUGGAAGCGGAAGAAUUGAGAGCCGGAUAUCGACGAGUCGAACAACAGCUGACCGAGCAACACGAUGAAAGACAACGUGCCUUGGAUCAACUUCGAGCUGAACUGGAAUCCCGGCACGCCAGUCGUCUCUCCGAGUUGGAAACUACCCUCCAAGAAGAACGACAAAAGUGCGAGGCCAGACUUCAAGACAGCAUAAACAAUAGCGACAAGGAACUCCAAGUAACGAUCGCAAGGCUUCGCACCGAACACGAAGCGGACAUAAUGCGCAAAGAAGCGGAAACCGACAGGCGGUCGGUGGUCCACGACCAGGGAGCAGCGCUCAGAGCAGAAGCGGAAUCACUUAGGACCGUUCUGGAAUUGAGAAGUCAGGAGAUAGCGGCCCUCAGAGCGGAAAAUGACAACUUGCGGCGUGAGGUUGAAAUAAAGGACGCCUUGGAGGCGAAGGUGAUCGCGUUGGAAGCGAGAAGCGAAGAUCUGAAGGCACAGCUUCAACGGAAGGAAACUUUCGAGCGUCAACUUUCCCACGAGAACAAAGUUCUGCUGGAAUCCUUCCAUCAGGAAUCCAAACAAAACAAGAGGCUCUCUCAGCACAACGAAGAGCUUCAAUGGAGGCUGCGUCAGAACAACGAGGUCGUUACCGUGUUAGCGAAUCAACUGGCGACGCCGCCCCAAAGAUUGACGAGGUCUCUCGGACCCGAACUUACGGGACAUUCUCAAUCUCCUGACGAUUCUCCACCGGCUUCGCCGAUGGUCAAAUCCAUGGUGGAAAAGAGCGACUCGAUCUCCUGGACGUUGGAAAUCGAAGAAUCGCCCGAAGCUAUGGCGUCCAGACUGCUGAGGAGAUCGGGAUCGAGCAGAGGCAUAAGCCCCAGCGAUUCCAGACCCAAAAGACCGCGACCCCCGUCCUCCUCGUCGCCGGUCACUGCCACUACGGUCUCGAGACAAAGUUCGCUUCGCACUUCUACUCCUCAGAGAGCCGUUGUCCUCAGGGCGAGAUCCAAGAGCGUGUCCGUCGCCGACGCCAUUCCGCAGGAGUCCUCUUGGCCACCGCAAGGAUUCACGUCGACUCAAUCGGCCGUCAGAAGAAGACCCAGAAGCGAUCCAGCUGCUAACUCGGUAGUUGCAGUCCAAGAAUCUAGCCCUGGAUUGAGGCCGCAGGAAGCCGGAGGAGAGGCGAUGAUCUCGGAGGAGACUUCGGCUUCUUCUAGUAGCGAGGACGAGUCCUCGGCCAACAGCGAUAUACCACGACUGGCCAUGGAGCUUUCGUGGAGCGAAUCGGAGGGUUGACGUCUCGCCCCCAAGGGGCGGAGGACGAAAAGCCUCUGACUUUGAGAAUCACAAAAGAGUCGAGGGAGUAUUUUUCGGUUCGGUUUCGGGGGCCGAAAACGGAGAAAAAAAAAAGAAAAAGAAUUACGAUUGGUGCAAGAUUAACGAGGUUUCAUGAUGACGCAUAUAGAUGAUGAGAGAGUCUCGUAACUGAUGACGACAUAAGCUUUCUACGAGUCCGGGAAUCCAGUAUUACAUUGUUGUCUAUUUACAGAUAAUUAUUAUUAAUUAUUAUAUUAUUAAUUAUUACCGAUUGUACGAUUACACGCAAAAACAAAAGUUGAAAAAAAAAAAAGUUGCAAAAAAAAAAAAAAAGAAACAAAUAAUAAGUAACUAUAAUUAUAAUAUUGUAUCUAUUGUUUUACGUUAACAGUCGUAAUUGUUGAUGUGAUGAUAUGUGGAGCUGGCGACCUAAGCGACGCGCGCAUGGGAUAACUUGGACCAAAAAUAAACGUUUCGCGCUUAAUUCUUACCCAGAAUUAGGGUACGAGGAGCUUUAUACAAUGCCGAUUAGCGAGGAGCUUUUACCGCAGUUUACUUGAUCGAAAGUAUCGAGGUCUCGACUUCUGAGCCAAGAAUUUUUACUUUUAUUUAUUUUUACUUGAACUAAUAAUCAACUGCCGCGUACGUGACGUCGACGGGUUUUUGGUAACCGGGAUAUACAAACCCUGCGAAGACUUUCAAUCGUUUGAAAAUCAUCCCAAAAGAAACCUUGACGCCUCUAUUUUAUCUAUUCAUCUUGGGUAUCUGACUUGCGAACCUUGACUUUACAGACGGUGUAUGUAGGUGUAAAUGUCGGUAUAAAUAUUCGACUUAGAAAAUCUUGGGCGUCAUCCAGAGCGAGAGUUACGUAACUUAAAAACUGGCCGACGAUCCGAAUUAGUUUUCGCGAACGUCUGCGUGUGAAAAACGUUACAACUACUGUUAGAGUCGUAUAGUUACCGCCGAUCGGAUUGCGUCAAUUCCGUUUAUUUGUUCAAUUAAAACAUGUGGCUGAAUGAAAAUGAGA